GGCAACCUCUGACCCGGAAGCUGUGGCGCAGUCCCUCGGCGCCCGUUGCUGAGGAAGGAGCGGGUUUAGGACGCUGCUGCCGCUGUUGCCGCCGCUGUCGCCAUCAUGUCGGACAACGAGGACAAUUUCGAUGGGGAUGAUUUCGACGAUGCAGAUGAAGAUGAAGCGAUGGAUGACUUGGAUAACGCGGAGGAGGAAGACCGCGAGAACGUGGAGAUUCUCCCCGCGGCGGACGGGAGUCAGGCCAAUCUGAAGAGGAUCACCACGUCCUACAUGACCAAGUACGAGAGGGCUCGAGUACUGGGAACACGGGCACUCCAGAUAGCAAUGUGCGCCCCGGUCAUGGUUGAGCUGGAAGGAGAGACCGACCCUCUGCAGAUCGCAAUGAAAGAGCUGAAAGCACGAAAAAUUCCAAUUAUUAUCCGUCGAUAUCUGCCGGAUGGAAGCUACGAGGACUGGGGAGUGGACGAGUUGAUAAUCGCAGACUGACCAUUGCCUUCCCAUCAAUCACUUUGCACACGUUUUCACUAUUUAAAUGUUAUAUUUUUAAUUCUACACAUUUUAUAAAAUAAACUGUGAUUUCUGUUGA